GGGGCAGGAGAGGGCGUGGAAUAGGGGAACAAUUCCCCAUUGUUUAUCCCUGAGCAAGUAGAGAGAGUAGAGAGAGACGACUAUUUACUAUAGAUUCCCCCAAUGGAGCUGGAAUCACCAUUUCACCAUCUCUCUCUCUCCUCCACUCAUCAAUAUGCCCCAGCAUGACUCCACCCGCCGCCCUCCUCACCCGCCGGACCUCCUCAUGGAUCUCGAUCUCGAUCUCGACGCCUCCUGGCCCUUCCUCCUCUCCACCUCCGACCAGCCCUGCUCCCCUCUCUGGGCCUUUUCCGAUGAUAACAACUCCGCUAAUCUCGUCGCCGCUCCCGCUUUUCGAUUCUCUGACUCCUCCAAGAUCUUCUCUUAUUCUGGUAAUCCUGAUGCAGCAACCGAAGGUGCACAUGAAAAUUAUGACAAGAAAAAGCUGCCUACUCCAUUGAUGGGGUUGGUGCCUAUUGACAAUCCGGAUGGAUCUUGCAUAAUAAAGCAAAGGAUGACUCAGGCUCUUCGCUAUUUCAAGGAUUUGACUGAGCAGCAUGUUUUGGCUCAGGUUUGGGCGCCAGUCAAGAAUGGUAGCCGAUAUGUUCUAACUACUUCAGGCCAACCUUUUGUACUUGACCCCAAUAGUAAUGGACUCCAUCAGUAUAGAUUGGUUUCUCUGGCAUAUAUGUUCUCAGUGGACGGAGAUACUGAUGGGGACCUCGGACUUCCAGGACGUGUGUUUCGGCAAAAGUUGCCAGAAUGGACACCAAAUGUCCAGUAUUAUACCAGCAAAGAAUUUCCUCGCCUUAGCCAUGCUUUAAAUUACAAUGUCAGAGGAACUUUAGCUUUGCCUGUAUUUGAGCCUUCUGGCCAGUCUUGUGUUGGUGUUCUAGAACUUAUAAUGACAUCCCAGAAGAUUAACUAUGCUCCAGAGGUAGAUAAAGUCUGCAAGGCACUUGAGGCAGUAAAUCUGAAAAGCUCAGAGAUAUUGGAUCAUCAAAGUACACAGAUAUGUAAUGAAGGUCGCCAGAAUGCAUUGGCAGAAAUACUGGAGAUAAUUACAGUGGUAUGUGAAACUCACACACUACCGCUAGCUCAGACUUGGGUUCCAUGCAGGCAUCGCAGCAUACUAGCAAAUGGUGGUGGGUUUAAGAAAAGCUGCAGUAGCUUUGAUGGGAGCUGCAUGGGACAGGUUUGCAUGUCAACAACUGAUGUAGCAUUCUAUGUGGUGGACGCGAACAUGUGGGGUUUCCGAGACGCCUGUGCUGAGCAUCACUUGCAAAAGGGGCAGGGUGUUGCUGGGAGGGCAUUUGAAUCCCUUAAUUCAUGUUUUUGUCAUGAUAUUACGGAGUUUUGCAAGACCGAGUACCCACUAGUUCAUUAUGCGCGCAUGUUUGGGUUGAAAAGUAGUUUUGCAAUUUGUUUACGAAGUAAUCAUACUGGAAAUGACGACUAUGUUCUAGAAUUUUUCCUUCCCCGUAAUGUUGAAAGCUAUGAGGACCAGCAGACCUUGUUGAACUCCCUUUUAGUGACAGUGAAACAGCAUUUUGGAAGCCUAAGGGUUGCUUCAGGAAAAAACCUUGACCAUGAGUGGAGGUCCAUUGAGAUCAUCAAGGCUUUCAUGGAUGAAAAGCUUCAUAUGAGGCAUGAUUUUGCAGCUACAUCACCACCUAGGCCUCCUUCUGUACAGAACGGGCAGUUAUUGAUGGGUGAAUCUAGUGGUGUAAAUGUUAAAGGGAAUGCGAGUAGCCCUACUGAAAAACAGAAUGGUGCAUCUGUUGCUGAAGCAAAAGAUGUAGGCAAGAAGCCUGAGAGAAAGCGGGGUAAGGCUGAGAAAACAAUUAGCUUGGAAGUUCUGCAGCAAUAUUUUGCUGGUAGUCUGAAGGAUGCAGCGAAGAGUCUUGGUGUUUGCCCUACUACAAUGAAGCGUAUUUGUAGGCAGCAUGGAAUCUCUCGCUGGCCUUCCCGCAAGAUAAAUAAGGUUAAUCGUUCUCUUUCAAAGCUAAAGCGUGUAAUUGAAUCUGUACAAGGUGGUGAAGGAACGUUCAGUUUGACUUCUUUGGCUACAAGUUCUAUUCCUGUUACGGUUGGUCCAAUUUCUUGGGCACCUAAUAUGAACGGAACCAACCAGCAAAGCUCACUUGGCUCUGGACCAUGUGAAUUUCAGGAAGAGAAGAAAGAGGUUGCUACUAAGUCCCAUGGAGCUGAUGAACAACAGGCAGAGGCCUCAAAUCAUUUUGUUGGAGAAAGGAGCACAAAAUAUGAGAAACUCUCUCCUAAUGGAGGCGGGAUUGUGGCAGGUGAGGGCUUGCACCGAUCAAGAACUGGGAGUGGAUCGAGAGAAGAGAGCACGGGAACACCUACUUCCCAAGGUUCAUGUCAAGGUAGCCCUUGUCUCAGAAAUGAGACCUCCCCCCAAAAUGAUCCAGUAGUUUCACCUAUGGAUCAGCACCGCAUGAAACUAGGAGGCUCAGAUGAAGGGGUGUGUCAACAAACAAGAGAAAUUAAUCUAUCUUCCGCAUUCCCAAUCCCGGGUAAUUUUAUACCACCACCCGAUGGGACAUUUGGAGCAAUGCUGGUUGAGGAUGCGGGAAGUUCACAUGAUCUGCAGAAUUUGUGCCCGGCUGGUGAACCGCUAUUUGAAGAGCACGUUACAGAGUACAGUUGGACAAGACCAACUCUUUCUGAUCCCAUGCCAAAGGACUGCAUGGUCACUCCAGCCGACGAACGCAUGCCACGGUUUUCUGCAAGGCCAGAAGUGAAAACAAUCACCAUAAAAGCCACAUACAGAGAAGACAUCAUCAGGUUUCGCCUUGCAAUGGAUUCCGGUAUUGUCAAGUUAAAAGAAGAAGUGGUGAAGAGAUUCAAGUUAGAGCUGGGCACUUUUGAUAUAAAAUAUCUUGAUGACGAUCACGAAUGGGUCCUAAUCGCAUGCGACGCCGAUUUGCUGGAAUGCUUAGAUGUAUCAGGAUCAUCUGGUGGCAGUAUUAUCAGGCUAUUGGUGCAUGACAUUAUGGCCAAUCUUGGGAGCUCUUGUGAAAGCUCAGGUGAAUGACAAGAAUAUUAGAAGUAUUGAUCAGGUAUGGUAAGUUAUGAUAGAAAAUUCUUGUAAUUGUACAUUUAGUUUAUUUUGGGCAGCCUUUUCAGUUCGCCAGAAAGUUUUUUUGUAGUACAUGCUGUGGGGUUUGAGAGAAUAACUCUUUCUGCUCACAUCCUUUGAUAAAAGCCUGUGAAUAUUAAUGUCACACCUUUCUAGCUGUACAAGUGUAAAAUUUGCAGUAGCUAGAAUUAGCAAAUUGCCCUCCCUUUAUGUUAA